AUGGUCUUCACUCCGCGCAAACGCACCGCGCCCACAGCAACGUUUGACAACACCUGGAACGAAACCGAUGCUGCAUUUCUCGACCCAAAUACCCUUCCAGUUGCCAAGAUACCGCGUGGAUGGGAGCGAAAGCAGGAAGUAAAGAGAGUAGGUGAAGGAAAGGAGAAGAAGAUCUGGCGCAGAUUCGAUCUCAGGUCGCGUGCCGACGACACAACACAAGGGUCAGAGGAUGAGGAGGAACAAGAUGCGCGCUCAAGGCCUGUGAAGAGGCGGCAACACAUGAGCCCGAAGGCUAUGGAGAAAUCUACGAGUAGACUUGGCAAGAAGCGCGUGUUCAAAGCGACGCGCUGGGACCGCAGGAAGAGUGUUCUGCCAAGGAAGAAAGCGACACAGAUUGAACAUCCCGCAAUCGGCGCCAACGACGAAGUCAGCAGCGAAGAGGAAGAAGACAGUACCCACAACAUGGAAGACGAGGAGAGCAUCAACGAGACAAACGCGGAUAUGGAUGAACAGAUGGAAGCAGUUCGAGACCUACCUUCUGUGAAGGACGACAGAUCGACUUUCACCUUCACGGUGGACGCGUCGACAGCUGAACUUCACGAUCGCGAGACCGUAGACGCAUACCAAGAAGAGCUGGAAUCCACCGAGGACGCGACAAUUGCGAAGCUAUUUUGUUCGCCACUCAAGCACAUGUCGAGUGCCUCAAAUGCAUCGCCUGAGAAGGUUGAAUACCCAGAACUUCCCCUGAGCGACAACGUAGAAGCGGAAACUGAGGCGAUCAUGACGGAAACUUUACCCACCGAAGACAGCAACAGGGUGUUGGAGGAGACCAGUGCAGAGAGUUUGUUCUCCGUGAGUGGAACACUUCAAGAGGGGGCCGAGACUCGAACCGAGGAGGCUGUCAGCGACAAAAGCAACGAGGCGGGGCUUGAAGAGGGGGAUACGUCAGAGGCACCACAGGCUACGACGGGCCUUCAGUACCCAGCUUUGCCGUUGGACGAUCCCACGACUUCAGCACUACCACCAGCGCAUGACGAAGACGAUGAGUUAUCUGAAGUUGAAUUGAGCUUAUCGACAGAGGAAGUUCAGGAAGACAUACCCAGAUCUCCUGAAGCGGGCGACCGUGAAGAAGAGUUCACAGAAGCUUCGCUGCAGCUGAACAUCUUGCGAGAGUAUCAAGCAGCGGUUCAAGAGCAUAAUCUGCUUUCGGUAGAUCAAGAGAACACCGAUGAACACAUGGACGGCGACUCAAACUUGAAGGAGGAUGUAAUCACGUCAAAGAUCGAUGCCCGACAACCUAAUGACCUCUCUUUUCUCGAGCUUCCUCAGCCAAUAGACCUCGACAUGACGGACGCACCUGUCGCAUCUACAGAUAUUGCCGAUGGAUUGACGUUUUCCUUCACACCCACCAAAGCACAGUCACCGGUCCCUCGCAGACUGCAUUCCCCUCCGCCUCCGCCUCGCCCUGAGUCUGGACCCGAUGAUAUUACCAUGACAGUCGCUUUCGAUGAUGAUACCGCCAUCCUCAAGGACUUUCUCACUCGCGCUGCCGCGAGCAAGGCUGAGAAGGCUGCCGUUACCACACACAAGAGAGAGUCAUUACAGAAUCGACGAGACUCGGAUGUGGUCCGUCAUGCCUUGGCCUCACCCCGCAAGGUGCUCGAAGAAAAGGACCCCAACUCGCCUUCCAAGCAGCAUACCGAGCUGACGCUGGAUCUAUCGCAAAUACCCACACUAAGUAAGCCGGCUGAAACUCUUCCAUCGCCUACUCCAUGUGCGGAGGAGACAGAAACUGCUGAAGAGAAGAGUGCACAAGCAUCAAGACGCUCUUCACGGACAAAGAAGUCAAGAUUACCCGCCCCAGGACCACCCAAGAUCAAUAUUCGCCGUGCCGACGGUAAUGAAGUAGUCGUACUCAAGAAGGACGACGCGAAAGUGCUAGCUGACAUGACGCGAAACAACACCCGCAAGAACAAGCAAGGCGCUUUCUGUGUUACCGUCCGUCUGAUGAAGCUCGCAAUGGACGCAUACAAUCUGCCUCCUAUCAGCGAUGCUGAAAAGGAACUCAUCGUCGGUAAGAAUGUACGUUGGGACGAGACAUUGGCAUACUACCAGGAGAACCCAGAGACUCUAGCUGAGGCGGAGUCUCUAGCCACCCCAGACGAACUAGGCAUGUCAGAUGCUCCUGAGCCAAAGAAGAAAAAGGAGAAGACCAGCAAGACAUCUACACCCAAGGUACGCAGAGUACGUGGUCUGGGAACGACAAACGGUACACCUGGCAAGGGCUUACUAGCACCUGCAAGUCUACUUCCCGAAGCCGUGCAAGAAGAAAAAGAAGCAGCGCAAGAUAAGCAACCGCCUAAACCAAAAUCUACCAAGAUCAAGAAGAUGCCCGUUGCGUCUUCAACCUCUACAUCCAUCGACAGCGGUCUAUCAUCCAGCACAACUGAUGCCAAACUCCCGUCUCUAGACGUAGCACCUGUGGGUGUGCAACCAGGAUCUCAACGCAAAAGUCGUCUUGCUGCUCCCAAGAAAGUGGUACUACCGCAAACACCUUCUUCAGCGAAGGUUGGAGACAAGGAGAAUGUAAAUCGUUCGGGGAUCAGCGAUGCUACGCCGAAGAAGGGACUUCCUACGCCCAAGGUUAUUAUACCAGCUACUGCGAGUGUGCCGCCGACCACGGGCAUGGAAUCUGGGCUGCCGAGGCGGAAAGGAAGGAAGUAUUAG